AUGGCCGUCCCCGUCACCUCUACGGUUGCCACUUCUGCGACCUCGCCGGCCCGCCAAGGGGACGACCCCAUGGACACGGACGACGUCGUUUCGUCUCAACCAGGGGCGAUCUGCCUGGACGAGGGUGACCACGGGAGAGCUGACCCCAUCGUGGAGCCUGCCCAAGAGCCUGUCCUGGAGCCUGUCCUUGAGGCCGCUCUUCCUGCUGCCGCCCCCGCCGCCAACGCUCCCCCGACCGAAAUGCCUCCCCCGACUGAAGUGCCUCCACCGACUGAACCGGUGCCGGUGGGUGAAGAACCUACUAGGGCGAACCUUGGGAUGCCCCAUGAACUUUCCACGAUUCCUGCUACCCGCAUCGCGGAUGGAAUCGACUUGGACACUUUUGUGGAACCCUCCAGUCCAGACACCGGCCUAGCUGACGCAUGA